AUGUCGAUCGAGGAGACCAACAAGAUGCGCAUUGAGUUGGGCCUGAAGCCGCUCAAGAUGGAGGCUGAGGAGCUCAAGGGCCCCAGCAAGGAGGAGGUGGCUAAGAAGGAGGAGGCGGAGAAGGCUGCCCAGGCAGUAGAGCUUGCAGACCGCAUCAAGCAGUCCCGCGAGCGGCGGCAGCAGCAGGAGGCGCUUGACCGGCAGAAGAAGCUGAGUGCGGCCGGCGAGGAUGUGGAUGACGUGAUGGCUUGGGUCAGCAAGAGCCGGGUCACCGAGGCGCAGCGCAAGGCGGAGGCGGCGGCGGCGCGGCGCACGCAGGCGGCCGCGGCGGUGCGCGCCGCGCAGGCGGACAGCGAGGAUGAUGACGAGGACGAGGGCAUGCCCAGCGCCGCUGAGCUGGCGGGGGCCAAGGUCAAGCACACAGCAGAGGAGCUGGGGGAGGGAGAGACCAUGAUCCUCACCCUGGAGGACCGCGGUAUCCUGGAUGAGCGGGGGAACCUGGUGGAGGAUGAUCAGGACAUGGUACUGGAGAAUAUACUGGCGCGUGAAGACAAGGAGCGUUCCAAGGCUCGCAAGGCCUCGGGCAAGCAGGCCAAGCCGCUGUGGGAGGAGGACGGCAAGCGGCGCGGCCUGCUGGACAAGUAUGAUGAGGAGGAGGAGCAGAUGAUGCAGCUCGACGACGCCGGCGCCGUGGAAGCUGCGCGGCAGAGGCGGCAGGAGGAGAUCCGGGCGCGGCUGGCGGCCGGGGCGGGCGGCGGCGGCGGCGGCGGCGGCGGGGCUGUGGUGGUGGAGGAUGCCAGCGUGGUGGUGCAGCAGGCGGCGGCAGACUAUUAUACACAGGAGGAGAUGGCAAAGUUCCAGAAGCCCAAGAAGAAGAAAGAACGGAAGCUGAAGAAGAAAGCGCUGACAGAAGAGGAGCUGGCGGCGCUCGAGGCGGAGGCGGCGGCACGCGGCGGCAGCGACCUGGGCAGCAGAGCUACCCGGGAGCGGCGGGCGGCCGACAAGGCGGCGGCGGCCACGGCGGCGGCGGCCGAGCGGCGAGCCAGGUUUGACCACGCCCUCAACAAGGCCAACUACGCCUCGCUGGCGCUGCGCGCCGACGCGGCCGCGGCAGAUGAGGAGGAGGGCGGCGGGCUGGAGGAGGACGAGGAUCUCUACCAGUCCCUCAGCAAGGCGCGGCAGCUUGCGCAGAAGAACGCGGCGGCCGCGGGCGCGGCGGCGGCGCCCAAGGGCCCCGAAAACUUGGCCGCAGAGCUGAUCAAGCGGCGGGAGGAGCAGCAGCGCGCGGCGGCGGCGGCGCGCGGCGGCGGCGCGCCUGCAGACGGAGGGCUGGUGUUUACCGAUGUGGCUGAGUUCACCCGCACCAUCCAUGUGAAGGAGGAGGAGGAGGGCGCGCCGGCGGCAGCCCCGCAGCAGGAGCAGGAGGCGCAGGAGCGCGGCGGCGGCGGCGCGGGGGCUGCCGGCGCCAGCGGCAGCGGCAGCGGGGUCAAGGCGGAGGCGGAGGCGGAAGGCGACUUUGGACUUGAUGCUAUGGACACAGACCUGGAGCCAGCCGGCAAGGCAUCCGACAACGUGUGGGCCGGCUGGGUGCCCGCCUCCGGCGCCCCCGGCGAGAUCUCGGCCGCCGAGAUGCGGCAGAAGCUGCGCGCCAAGCAGGCGGCGGCGGCGGCGGCGGCGGGCGCGGCGGGCGCGCCCGAGCAGCAGCAGCAGGGCGAGGUGAAGCAGGAUGAGAGCGUGACGCGGGAGCGAGCCAUCGGUUCAGGCCUGGCGGGCGCGCUGGCCUUCCUGAAGGACCGUGGCGACCUGGAUGCCCCCGGCCUGGAUGAGGUGUACACCGGCGGGCGGCAGGAGGACAGGCUGGCGCUGGAUGUGGAGGUGGCGCUCACUCGCAAGGAUGAGUAUGGGCGGGUGCUGACCCCCAAGGAGGCCUUCCGCCAGCUGUGCUACAGGUUCCACGGCAUCCAGCCCAGCAAGAACAGCCGGGAGAAGCGGGCCAAGAAGGCGGCAGAGGACGUAGCCAAGAAGAAGCUGGCCAGCGAUGUGGGGGCCACCAGCGGUACCGCCAGCCUGGGCAAGAUGCAGGCGGCACAGAAGCAGGCGGCCACGCCGUACGUCGUGCUCAGCGGUACCGUCAAGCCGGGGCAGUCGCGGGACGCCAUCUCAGGCUAUGCGACUGUGGACCGCGCCGAGCAGCUGACGGCGCCCACGCCGGUGCUCAGCAAGCUGCCCGGCCAGUCGCCGCUGGUGGGCAACGCAAAGGUGGAGGCGAUGCUGGGUAUCAAGCGCAAGGGCGACAGCAGCAUGCCGCCGCCGCCGCCGAAACACGCGAGGAACACCAGGCAGUUCCGCGGCUGGUACAAAGCGACUAUCGAUGAGGUCAACUUAGGCACGGAGCUGGGCUUAGAGGGCGAGGAGGGGCGGCGGCUGUGGUGCCUCCUGAGGUAUGCUCCAGAGGGGGAUGAUCCCGGGGAUGUCGAGGACCAAAGCUGGGAGUAUGUGUGGAGCACCCCCACCCGCUGCCGCAACCACCGAGUGCCGCCGGCAGCCCACGCCUGGCUGCACGCAGCCGUGGACGCCCAGCAGCAGCUGCUGCAGCAGCAGCAGGCGGCUGGCGGUGCGGGGGCAGCGGGGGCAGCGGGGGCGGAUGCGGGAGCAGGCAGCAUCAGCAGCCCUGCCGGGGUGGCAGCUCCUGCGGCGGAGGCGGCGGAGGCGGUGGCGACGGGCGUGCCGCCGCGUCCGUCCCGCGACACCAAGCGCCGCCGCCGGGCCACCACCACCGCCACCGCUCGCCCGCCCGGCUCGCCGGCGGCAGCGGUGGGGCUGCUGGUGGCAGGGCAGGCGCCGCCGGCACGGCGGCAGACGCUGGAGCAGCAGCAGCAGAAGCAGGCGGCGGCGGCGCCGGUGCCCACCCCCGCCACCGACCCUGCCCACGCCAGCCUGGAUGCCCUGGCCGAGGCGGCUGCCUCCCAGCGGCAGGAGCAAGGCAUGGGCGCGUGUCGCAGCGUCAAGGCGGCGGCGGGCACUCCCUCCCACAGCCAGGGCACUACCAUCGCCGAGACUGUCAGGAUCCGUCGGGGCAGGCGGCAGGCGGCCCCGGCCUCUGCAGAUGCACACUCGGCGCCUGGAGGGGCCUCCCCCACCACGCCGCAGGCCCUGCUCCCGCUCGACGUGCGCUCGCUGAGCCGGGAGGGAGGCGCGGCGAGGGCGGCAGGCGCCGGCCCCGCACCCGCGCCCGCCUACCUCGCCGCCGCCGCCGCGGCCGCGGCCGCCGCCGCGGCCCAGGAGGCCGCCGGCCCGCCACCGCCGCCCCCGGGCCUGCUGGGGGUGCCGCCGCAGCAGCACUUGGACCUUCUGACAGAAGCCAUCCAGCCUCUGGCCAGCGCCGACUCGCCCGGCGCCCUGGCUGCCGCCUUUGAGGCGCUGGAGCUGCUGCCGGGGCUGGCGGGGCUGAGGGAGGAGGAGGUGCUGGCCUUCAAGCUCCUGCUGCUGCGAGACAAGGAGCAGCGGCAGCUGGUGUGGCGGGAGCUGCGCCGCCUGCUGCUGCGCCGCAGCAUGGCGGCCGCCGCCGCCUGGCUGCGCGGCUGCGUCGGCCAGCUGGGGAUCGGCGGGGCGCGGGGCGGCGCGGGGAGCGGCGACGGCGCAAGCGGCAGCCCGCCGCCUGUGGGGCCGCGCACCACCCUGUUGUCUGUGGUGGCCCUGGCCUGGGGCCCUGGGGCCGUCUUGGAGUCGCUCAAGGGAGAGGCCUCCCUGUGGCAGCAGGAGGCACAGCUGUAUGGCCGCAAGGCCGCCGCCGCCUUGUCUGAAGCCACGGGAGCCGAGGAGGGGCAGGCAGAGGCGGCGGCGGCUGACGCCACACGGCUGGACCCGCAGCUGGCAGCAGCGCUGCUGGCCGCGCCGCUGGCAGCUCUCAAGCAGGCCAGCAGUAGCAGCAGCAGCAGCGCGAGCGCAGCCGGCGGAGAGCCAGGUGGCUGCGCCGGCGCGGCGGCGGCUGCGCCGCAGCUUCCGCGGCUGGAAGAGGAGCAGUACCAGUGGGACUAUGCGGUACUGCUGGCUCAGGAGCUGCCCUACUUCGAGAGCGCCGCCUCCUGCGGCCACUGCGGCAGCGAGGGCGGGCCCGAGGCGCUGGCUGACCGAGCAUGGUUUGACUUUCUUUCUUACAUCCAGGCAGCGCAGUUCAAAGCGCUGGGCCGCCAGCUCAGCGCCGCGCUUUCCUCCACGGGCGCUGCUGCCGCCGCGCUGUCGGGCUGGCAGCGCAUGCACGCCGGCUCCCCAGAGAUGCAGCUGAGGGCCGCGGAGCAGGCCUGGGCAGCCGGCGGCGUGCCGCCGGGCCGCGCCCCGGCAGGCUUUGGCGGCGGCGGCACGCCCGACAUGCAGGCGGCGGCAGCGGCUGCGGCCUUUCGCGCGCGCGGCCAGGCACUCGACGGCAGCCGCAGCGGCGGCGGCGGCGGCGGCCAGGCUCCCCGCCUCACCCCUGCAGAUGCGCUGCGCCUGUCCCUGGGCGCCGCCAUUCUGGGACACAUAGAGGCCGACCUCGCGGCAGCGGCACGCGGCGGCGGUGGCGGCGGCGGCGGCGCGGCGGCCGCCCUGGCCGCCAUCCGCGGCACCAGCCCCGAGCUGGAUUCCAUUAGGGAUGGGGCCAGGGCGCUGCUAGAGUACUUCACUGACAAAGGUUUGGUGGCUGCCGCUCGCUGCGCCCAGUUUGGCUUGUCCGCAGAUGAAUACGAGGUGCUUGCGCUGCAGCCAGCAGCCCCGCCCUUGCCGCCGCUCAGGCCGCCGCAUGUGCCGCUGCUGCGCCGCGCCGCGCGCGCUGCCGCUGCAGGCUUCCAUGCCUCGGCUGCCCUCGCUUUCUUCGGAGCCUCAAAGAACGAGGAGCGAAACCACUACACGUGGAGCAUCGGGGAGCCCGCCUUCCUCAAGUACUGGCUGCAGUCGCCCGCCACCCUGCGCUCGGCCGCGGCGCUGGACGCAGAGGAAGGCUUCAGCCAGGAUUAUGUGGCUGCCACCCUGCAGGCCUACUUCCGCCGCUGCGGCGUGGCGGCUGCCUCCCUCAAGCGCUACCCCUCCUACAGCGAGCCGCAGCUGGUGGCGGAGCAGUGGACGCUGCGGCGGGUGGCGCCGCUGCCGCCGGACCACGACUGGCAGCAGUACCGAGAGUGGCAGCCAGACUACUGCCCCCUGGCUGACGAGGCCUGCUACUAG